GGAGAAGUGCAGAUUGGGUGUCGGUGAGUCCCCUGGUCCGGUGUGUGCCCCCCUGUUGCUUUAAGCAGUGAGUCCUGCCGUCCGACAGGAGGCGUGUCUCCCCUACGGCCGGAGCGGAGCGCAGCGCAGAGCAGCGCUACCAGAUGCAAGUGCGUGGGAAGCGCCUCGGCUCCUCCACAGAAACAGAAACAAAUCAACUUCUUUGUGCUGCUCUGGUGACUCUCCCCGGAUCCAGCUCUACCUAUGAUGGAUCUCUUCGUGCUCUGCCCUGCCUAACAUGGAUGCCCAGCCACUUCCACCAGCACCACCUCCACCAUCAUCUUCCUCAGCUGAGUCGGAGGGUUGUUUCUUCUUGGCGCAGUGAUCUGGACACGCAGUGUUUUUUUUGCUAAAUGGAUGUGGGGAAACCGUUGCCCAGCCCGCCGGUGGUGCUCAGCCGCCUUGCUUCACGUUAAAGAGAAAACAUUUGUGGGGAAUAUACCGAUUCAGGGAAUAAAAAUCCUGUGCAGCACACAAGCACCAUGAAGAUCACCUCCCUGCUGAUCCUCAAUUCGAGAGUCAGGUGCACCGUCAGGCUUCUACUGCUGCUAUUACACUGUGUGGGAUAUUCUCAUGGGAUGCCACACGUCCUGAGAUUUGGGGGGAUAUUUGAGUCCAUUGAAAGUGGCCCGUCAGGUGCUGAGGAACUAGCCUUUAAAUUUGCUUUAAACACAAUCAACAGGAACAGAACCCUACUGCCAAACACCACGCUCACCUACGACAUCCAAAGGAUAAACAUCUAUGACAGCUUUGAAGCCUCCAGGAAAGCCUGUGACCAGCUUUCUCUGGGGGUAGCGGCCAUCUUCGGUCCUUCUCACAGUUCCUCGGCCAAUGCGGUCCAGUCCAUUUGCAACGCCCUGGGGGUGCCACACAUCCAGACCAAGUGGAAGCACCAAGUAUCGGACAACAGAGACAUCUUCUAUGUCAGCCUCUAUCCAGACUUCUCGUCCCUCAGCCGGGCCAUCCUGGACCUGGUCCACUUCUUCAAGUGGAAGACGGUCACCGUGGUUUAUGAUGACAGCACUGGUCUGAUUCGGUUGCAAGAACUUAUAAAGGCGCCGUCCCGGUACAAUAUCCGGUUAAAGAUCCGGCAGCUGCCUGCAGAGACCAAGGAUGCUAAGCCGCUGUUAAAAGAGAUGAAGAGAGGGAAGGAGUUCCACAUCAUCUUUGACUGUGGCCACGAAAUGGCUGCUGGGAUUCUGAAGCAGGCUCUCGCCAUGGGGAUGAUGACAGAGUAUUAUCACUAUAUCUUCACCACACUGGAUCUGUUUGCGCUGGACGUAGAGCCUUACCGAUACAGUGGUGUGAACAUGACGGGCUUCAGGAUCCUCAACACUGAGAACAGCCAGGUGGCCUCCAUCAUCGAGAAAUGGUCCAUGGAGCGGCUGCAGGCUCCACCCAAACCUGACUCUGGUCUACUGGACGGCUUCAUGACCACGGACGCCGCGCUGAUGUACGAUGCCGUGCACGUGGUGGCCGUGGCUGUGCAGCAGUCUCAGCAGAUCACUGUCAGCUCAUUACAGUGCAACCGACACAAGCCCUGGCGCUUCGGGAACCGCUUCAUGGCCCUCAUCAAAGAGGCCCACUGGGAUGGCCUGACGGGGAGAAUCACUUUCAACCGGACCAAUGGCUUGAGGACAGACUUCGACCUCGAUGUCAUCAGUCUGAAGGAGGAGGGGCUUGAGAAGAUCGGUACAUGGGAUCCUCCAAGUGGCCUGAACAUGACGGACAACCAGAAAGGGAAGACGACAAAUGUCUCUGACUCCUUAUCCAAUCGGUCCCUGAUCGUCUCCACCAUACUGGAAGAGCCAUACGUGAUGUUCAAGAAGUCUGACAAGCCGCUGUACGGGAACGACCGCUUUGAGGGCUACUGCAUAGACCUGCUGAGGGAGCUGGCCAACAUCCUGGGCUUCACUUACGAGGUUCGCCUGGUGGAAGAUGGCCGAUACGGUGCCCAGGAUGAGAACACGGGCCAGUGGAACGGCAUGGUGAAGGAGCUAAUGGACCAUAGAGCUGAUCUGGCAGUGGCUCCCCUCGCCAUCACAUACGUGCGCGAGAAGGUUAUCGACUUCUCCAAGCCCUUCAUGACGCUGGGUAUAAGUAUACUGUACCGCAAGCCCAACGGGACCAACCCUGGGGUCUUCUCCUUCCUCAACCCCCUCUCGCCCGAUAUCUGGAUGUAUAUUCUGCUGGCUUACUUGGGUGUCAGUUGUGUGCUGUUUGUCAUAGCCAGGUUUAGUCCCUACGAGUGGUAUAACCCCCACCCAUGCAACCCUGACUCGGAUGUAGUGGAAAACAAUUUCACCCUGCUAAAUAGUUUCUGGUUUGGAGUUGGAGCUCUCAUGCAGCAAGGAUCUGAGCUCAUGCCGAAAGCCCUGUCCACCAGAAUUGUAGGAGGAAUCUGGUGGUUUUUCACGCUCAUCAUCAUCUCCUCCUACACGGCAAACCUGGCGGCCUUCCUCACCGUGGAGAGGAUGGAGUCGCCCAUCGACUCUGCUGACGACCUGGCCAAGCAGACGAAGAUAGAAUACGGAGUGGUGGAGGACGGCUCCACCAUGAUCUUCUUCAAGAAAACCAAGAUCUCCACGUAUGAUAAGAUGUGGGAGUUCAUGAGCAGUCGGAAGCACUCAGUGAUGGUGAAGAACAUUGAGGAAGGCAUUCACCGUGUGCUCACCUCGGACUACGCAUUCCUCAUGGAGUCCACCACCAUUGAGUUUGUCACCCAGCGCAACUGCAACCUCACCCAGAUUGGAGGCCUCAUUGACUCCAAAGCCUAUGGGGUUGGCACCCCAAUGGGCUCUCCGUACCGAGAUAAGAUCACUAUUGCCAUCCUGCAGCUUCAGGAGGAAGGGAAGCUGCACAUGAUGAAGGAGAAGUGGUGGAGAGGAAAUGGCUGCCCGGAGGAGGAGAGUAAGGAGGCCAGCGCCCUCGGGGUGCAGAACAUCGGAGGGAUCUUCAUCGUCCUGGCCGCUGGACUCGUCCUCUCUGUGUUCGUGGCCGUGGGAGAGUUCCUCUACAAGUCCAAACAGAACGCACAACUUGAAAAGAGGUCCUUCUGCAGCGCCAUGGUGGACGAGCUGCGGCUUUCCCUCAAGUGCCAGCGCCGGCUCAAACACAAGCCCCAGCCGCCCGUCAUGGUGAAAACGGAGGAGGUCAUCAACAUGCACACCUUCAACGACCGCAGACUGCCAGGGAAAGAGACCAUGGCCUAAAAUGGGAAUCGCAAUCACUUUUUCACCCUCUCUCCUGCAGUGAGGAGGUGUGCAGAGACACUAGGGAACAGGGUGGGGGUAAAUGGUAAAGGGGGUGGGGGGAGGGGGAGGUUGUAAUGGGUCAUAGUUGUGUUAUUUCAAAGGUAGCGCAGAGGUGCUUGAUGAAAUGUCAUUCUUGUUUCUUUAUAAAUAGCUAGGGAUAAGAGAUUCAACAAUAUUUCCUGUGGAAAUAACUUGGACCUGGGUGAAAUCACAGCGAGUUACCUCAGUACUCUUACCACCUUGGCAAGGCCCCGGGAUUUUCAAAAUCCAGGAGUCGCAGAGAGAGAGGGUCUGGAAAUAAAUUUAAGGUGGUCCCUUAAGAGAAAAAGAAAAAGAAUGGGACCUGUCAUCUUUAGCUGCUGCUCAGUCAGUCUUUCACUGCACAGCUCAACAGAGGCUGGACGAGCAACAUCGAGAGCAUCUCAGAGAUUAGGAGUGAAUAUAGAGAUGCUAACUGGGGAAAAGGGGAGACAAGUUUGUAAAGGAUUGUUUAUUUUCAAAAGUUGUGAAUAGAAUGAGCGCACAGGUUCUCGGCCCUGAAGAUGAAGGCGAGCUGCUGCUCCCAAAAUGUACAGAGAGGCACUGCUUAGUCACAUAUGAUACUGAUUGACAUCUAAAUCUGAUAUACUGUAUAUCAUCCAUCAGGCAAUAAGUGAUAUCAUUUAUUUGUGUUUCAGAGUACUAACACUUUUAGUCUUUAAUGUAGGGGGGUGGAGGGGAGGGGGGUAGGGGGGGGUUAAAUGGUGAAGUACAAGCUGAAAAUGGAGCAGGGGCAAUAUAGUGAGCUGUUGAUGUAUCAGCCAGUAGUAUUAUACGAUCCUAUGGAGGUACACACUCUUAAUAAUGUCAAUAAGGAGGAACCUUGGGAUGGCGUGGGCGUGACUCACCAAGUCUAAAUUCAUAGCAAUCACACCACAACACACAAACUCUAUUUAUUCAAAGUAUUUAUUGUUUUAUUUAUGAAACACCUUAUUUAUUAUCUCUACGGACUGGACUUUCACUACUGCCGUAAACACACCUCACUUCAACUCUGUAUGGGUACACACACUUUCUUUCCAUUUGCUCUGUGUCAAGUCUCCAGUUUCAUUUUGUACUCCUGUGGCUUUUUUUCCUUUCUUUGGCAGUAAAGCUCCACAUUUAUUUGUGCAAAUGCAAUUUCUAUGAAAAAGUGUUUUUGUACGAAGAGAAUCAAAAUUUUGUAAUGAUUUUUAUCAACACGAAACGCACCAUGAGGAGUGUCAUCCACAGCAGAGGGGUGAUACUCCAGGCCCGUAGUCCAGGAGGCUUUCCUAGACACCAGACACACACACACACGCACGCACGCACGCACACACACACACACACACACACACACACACACACACACACACACGGUGCACCCAUCCUCCAUGGAGCAGAUUCACACCAAUUAGUACUAUUAUAGUACUACUAUUAAUACAGAGUUCUGAUAAGCAUCAGUGACAUAACGCUGUUUUGGAGAACAAGAAAAAAGAAAGUAUUUUUAUCAUGUAAAGGAAUCAUAUUUAAAGAAAGAUAUUUUUACUUCACAUGAAAGAAGAGUAAUGGUAAUACUGGUUAGAGCAAAUAUAUAGUGUACACACACACACGGGAAGGGAGGAAGACUGCUGAUGAUGCCUAUCAUUCUACAACCCCGAUUACUGAUAGACUGCUAGAAUCCAGUGCUGAGCAAUCGUGUGUAAAUGGUUUUAAAAUGGAAAAAGAUGUAUUAAAAAAUAAAGAACACUUAACUAAUUUUUAACUUGUUGUGAAAACAAAAUGGAGUGCUCACAGUUUACCCUUUGAAGUUGAUGCACAAGUUUAAAGAAAAUAAAAAAGUAUUCACAACUUUCA